CCCAUCCACCAUUGUCCCUCUCAAACAAACAAACAAAAAAAUGUCUCUCCUUCCUCCAAUACUCUUUGUCCUAAUAGUGGAAAUGGCGGCAGCAUGCCAUCUCCACCCAGGGUUUUACUCCCAAACAUGUCCAAAAGCGGAAGCCAUUGUGAGAAAUGUGAUGAAGAAGGCCAUGAUUAGGGAACCCAGAAGCGUUGCCUCCGUCAUGCGUUUUCAGUUCCACGACUGCUUUGUUAACGGUUGUGAUGCCUCUUUGCUGCUGGACGAUACGCCGAGCAUGAUCGGGGAAAAGCUAGCUCUUUCCAAUAUAAAUUCGCUGAGAUCUUUCGAGGUUGUCGAUGAGGUCAAGGAAGCGUUGGAGAAGGCGUGUCCGGGGGUUGUUUCUUGUGCUGAUAUCAUAAUAAUGGCGGCCAGGGAUGCCGUUGCUCUGACUGGAGGACCCGAUUGGGUGGUGAGACUAGGAAGAAAAGACAGUUUAACAGCAAGUCAAGAGGAGUCGAACAAUAUAAUGCCAAGCCCAAGAGCAAACGCAUCUUCUCUCAUUGAUCUCUUCAGCAAAUACAAUCUUUCGGUGAAGGAUCUUGUAGCCCUCUCUGGGUCACACUCCAUUGGGGAAGCAAGGUGUUUCUCAAUCAUGUUCAGGCUCUACAACCAAUCUGGGUCAGGCAAGCCUGACCCUGCCAUCGAGCCCGGGUUUAGGGCAAAGCUUGACAAGCUUUGUCCACGAGGUGGAGAUGAGAAUGUAACCGGAGAUCUGGAUGCAACGUCCCGAUUGUUCGACAACCAAUAUUUCAAAGACUUGGUUGCAGGGAGGGGAUUUCUGAAUUCAGAUGAAACCCUCUUCACAUUCCCUCAGACUAGAGAAUAUGUAAAGCUUUUUAGUAAUGAUGAAAAUGAGUUUUUCAAAGCCUUCGUCGAGGGGAUGUUGAAGAUGGGAGAGUUGCAGUCAGGGCGGCCUGGUGAGAUUAGAACCAAUUGUAGGAAGGUCAAUGGCCAGGCCGUGGAUGUAUAACUUGAGUCUCCAUCUGCUUUAUUUGAAGCUAUUUAAUAGAAAAUAAUAGAAUAUUUCAAGAGAAUCUGAGAUAGAAUAUUCCAAACAAAGCCUCGCUGAUUUUAGAACCAAUAUAGUCAGAAAGCUC